UUCAUUUUGGGUAUGUUGGGAUCAAGAUGUUCUCAACACCCUAGUGGACAAUUGCAGAACACAAAAUAAAAAUGCACUGAACCGAGGAUGCUAGAAAGAGCAAAUAAGUCAAUGAUCAAAUAGCCUUCUGAUGGUUAAACAAUCCGGGUUUGAUGGUUAUUAAUAAUGGUUGGGUGGACAACAUCUUAAACGUCAUUGAGAUGUGAAUACAGCAAGUAUAGGCUAUCUUAGCAUGCCUAAACAUUACAAUAAAUAAAUUAGAUUUGAAUUCUUAAGGAAUGUUGUCCUAUGUACGUACUAAUAUUAUUAUUUUGAUUCCAUUACGAAUAUGUGUUGAUGUAUUCAAUUCUAUUUUUAUGGAAUGAAAAAUCUGAAAUUAAGAUUUACUUUUACAUGAACAAAUAUUUUUAGAAUAUAUCUGGCGUUCAACAUUAAAAUAUUUAACAGCAUCAUCUAAUCCACCAUUCUGUAAAUCUUUACAUGACCAUAACAAAACCAGAAACACCAUCACUUGUGACAGAGUGUGCACUCUUUGGAUAAUUAGAAAGGUCCAUCCAUGUCAAUCAUUAAUGCAUUAUUUGCUUAAGUUACAUAAGAAGACCAAAUAGGGGCUGUGCUUACGUUGGGACUAAGAGUCUUCAUAGUCAAGAUUGAACGUUCCACUCAAGCCCUUUCAGUAUACGCUUCACCCAAAAAAAAACUACACGCUGCAUAUCCAGGAAUCCCAGUUCAUUCAGAAAACUGUGGUUGGAGUCAAGGAAUAUAUGCACACGUCCAAUAAAACCAACAAUGAAAGUCUUGUAUUCAAGUAUUCUGCUCAUCAUUCUCCUUAUCUCAAGAUGUAAAGGGAUGACUUUAAUUGAAGGACAUGGUGAAUCAUUAACUGAUGAAGAUUCUGCAGACCAUACUGAGGUAUUGUUUUCUACCUCUGGGAACCCGUCUUUGUUGUUGGGGGAUAGUGAAAUUGUAUUACAAUCUGUUUCCAGAGCUCCAGGUAUUACUGUUACAACAAAUGAAAUUGUAACAAUCCCCACAACACAGCCAUCUCUUGGUUCAACUGAAAGCCAAAUAUCAUUGCAACCUGCUUCGACGGAUUCAAUGGAUACUCGGUUUGAUGAGGAAAUGUUGUCACUCGCUACUCCAAUAGCAUCACCCACCACACAUCUCACUGGCAAAAACCUGCAUGCUCACUUGACAGUUUCAUCUCCUACUCCUAUCAAGAGUGAAAUGCCAAAAUGGCACAGUUCAACAGUCAAAUCUUCUACUCGAGCAGAUGGUGGAAUAUUCUCCAAAUCUACCUCAACCAAUCUAUCCAUGGCCACACAGAGUGAAGUGUUAUCUGCAUCUACCCCAACUGAGCCACCAACAUUCACACAUAGUGAAGUGUCAUCCCAGUCUACCUCAGUGGAAAAUGCUACCUCCACUAACACUCCAAAUAGUCUUGGCGCAGCAGUGGGACCUUUGCCAAAUGUUUCUCUGCCCACAAAGAUCCCAUCUGCUUAUUUUGAAUUUGCCAUCACACCUGGCUCUUCGGACAGGAUUUCACAUGAGAAUGCAUCUGAAAGAUAUCUUCUCACUCAAGAUCGGAGAGCAGCUUCUGUGCAGGACACCACCAGCGUAUCACAGCAAAGCAACACACUGGAACCUCGAGAGAUUUCAGUGAUAAGAUCAACAGAAGCUACCCCAGAAAAUGUAGUGAAUACACCUCCAUCGGUUUUAAUAACUGCAGCUACCUGGUCUCUAACCACUGCCACCUCAUGGCAAAAUGAAGGAAGUUUAAGUAAACCUCUAGAAGAACCACCAAUUCAAGAAAUCGUAAAAUCUGCAGGAAUUGAUCUUCUCAAGGAAUUCCAAGUACCAUCAUCAGGAGAUGUUACAGAGGUGGAAGGAUCACAUCCCCUCAGCUCAGCUUUCCGUCUUACCCCGUCAGUGUAUCUGAGAAAGGAAACGGGAGCUGUGUAUCCAGGUGGAAUUCCUCCUGAAUAUUCAAUCAUUGCUACAUUCAAGAUGUUGGGAGACACUGCACAAAAUGUAUGGAAUUUAUGGGAGGUCAGUGACAUUGAUGGAAGAGAGCAAAUUGGCAUUCGUCUUUCUGGUAUCUCAAGAUCUUUGGACUUUUUCUACAGAACUACACCUAACACUGUCAUGUUUCAAACAUUUGCUGAUGUGGAUAUGCUUUUUGAUGGUUCAUGGCACAAGUUAGCACUUAGUGUUAGUGGAAAAGAGAUCAAUUUGCUGAUUGACUGCAAGCAAGUCAACACUGUUCUGAUCAGCAAGCAAGAAACAAUUGAUGGAAAUAGUUACACAUCGAUAGCAAGAUGUCUGCUGAACGACGCAAUGGUUUCUCUUGACCUGCAACAACUGGAACUGCACAGUGAUCCAAGCAGAGUUCAUUUUGAAGGAUGCUGUGAGUUGCCACAUGUGUGUGGCCGGAGAGCAGAGAACAGUUUGACUGAGAAUCUACCGUUUUGCAAAUGUUCUUAUGGACAACUAGAAUACCUGGGUAGCACAGGUACACAGGAAGAGAAAGGGGAAAAGGGCACAGCUGGAGAGUCUGGAAGACCAGGGACUCAGGCUGCAAGAGGUAACACUGGUUCUUAUGGAAGAGUCGGAGUCACUGGACCAAGGGGUAUGGCUGGAAUUAAAGGGAACAAGGGAGUACAAGGAAGACCAGGCCAAAGAGGGUUAGAUGGCCCUAAAGGCUACAAAGGAUUACAAGGAGCCAUGGGAUUUAAGGGGAUUUCAGGAUCACCUGGACCAAGAGGGAAAAUAGAUCUAAAAGGUGAAAAGGGGAACAGAGGUACGUCAGGUCACGAAGGUAUAUGGGGAUUACGGGGAGUGAAGGGUGAUAAAGGACUUCCUGGUAGUGAAGGAAGACCUGGUGUGGAAGGACCAAGGGGUCUCAGAGGUGAUCCAGGGUUUCCUGGUCUGAAAGGUACUAAAGGAGAACUUGGCGUUCCAGGAGUUUAUGGGCCAAAGGGAGAUUCUGGGUAUAAGGGGAUACUUGGAAAUCCAGGGCAACCAGGAAGAGAUGGGGACCCAGGCAUUGAGGCAUAUCAAGGGCAACAGGGACCAAAAGGACAAAAAGGCAUUACUGGACCCAAGGGAGAGAAAGGACUUCCAGGACCUCGAGGUCAUGAAGGUCACAUAGGAAAACGUGGACCAAAAGGCCAUAAAGGUAAUGCAGGAAUACCUGGAUGGCAUGGGAUUGUUGGAUAUCCUGGAAACCAAGGUCAUGUAGGAUACCCAGGAGCAAGUGGAUUAAAGGGGGAUAAAGGUGCUGAUGGAAGACUGGGUUCUGAAGGUCUAAAGGGUGGAAAAGGAGGAAAAGGACCAAAAGGAGAACCAGGUGGUAGAGGUGAUUCUGGACUUGUGGGUCUCAAGGGUAAAAGAGGACCUCCUGGAAAACCAGGCUGUAGGGGUUCACUUGGAGAACGUGGUAUUGCUGGUGAAACGGGCUUCCCUGGAUUUUCUGGACCUGCUGGACCUCCAGGUCCUGUUCUACCCGCCAGUCAUGUGAUUGAGGUCUGCAAAAGAUUUGUUCUUGAACAGAUGUCGCUAUAUACAAGUAUGGUGCGAAGGAAAUGUAUCAGCGCAUGCCCUCUUUAUGGAGAUGUUUCCACAGGACCUCCUGGACCAGUUGGUGAAAAAGGACAACCUGGGAAACCUGGUAGGCCAGGAAUCAAUGGAAGGGAUGGAGAACAAGGACCAGAAGGAUUCACUGGAGAACUGGGUGAUCCAGGAUUGCAAGGGUUGAAGGGGGAACAUGGAGUCCUUGGUGACAAAGGCUCUCAAGGUAUUGGACACCCGGGUUUUAUAGGAGCACAGGGCUCAAGAGGUGACCAUGGAAAGCCUGGAUCAAGCAUACCUGGACAAUCAGGGCAACAAGGUCCACGAGGUUACACAGGGCAACAAGGUUUACAAGGAUAUCCAGGACAUAUGGGAACUCCAGGUGUCUGUAGGCCAACAGUAUGCAACUAAAAUGCUGACAACCCUGAGCAACAACACAUUCCACUUCUAAAAAAAUUACACUAUUAUUGAAGAAUAUGUGUAAAUAAUAAUGACUUAUUUGAAGCACCUUUCUGAAUAAAUAUAUUUAAACAGUUUGCAUAAAUCCUUUGGGUAUGUGCUAAAAUACUUAAAUUCAAAAGAAUCUCAUUAGAAUAUUAAAACUCCAACAAGAAAGUUAUGUAUGGUAAGACCAACUUUAAUUUAUAUCACUUGUUCUUUACUGGUAAUCUAUUCUCUUGAUUAUUUUUUUCUUUCUUAAACAAAUAGAAAUAGAAUGUGCCUGUUUCCAAAAUGAUUGAGAAGUUAUACAUUAAGGGAAAACCAAUGGAAAUUUUAAAAUAACUCACAUCAAUAUUCUACUUCGGAGUGAUGCAAAAUAAACAUUCUGAAUAGCAACCAUGAUGGAUACUGUUUUAAAGUUGUCUUAAAAAUAUUGUGGAGUGACCUAAUAUGACAGUGUUUCCAAAUUCACAUGAAGAUUGGAUAAAUUGCAUUUAGUGUAUGCACACGUUGAGCACCCUACUUUGUAAUGAUGUGUCCCCUCUUCACAAAGUAGACAAUUGCUGGCAUCUCAAUUUCUAAUUCUAUUAUAAAGGAUUUAAUGGUACAGAUAGUUAAACUAUUUCCACUGGUAAGUUAAUCCAGGUUGUGACCAUAAUGUCAGAGGG